AUGGCUGGCCUCGGCGAUGUCUUGUCUCUCGUGAGCAGCCGCCUCGCCAACAACCUCGCCGGCUCUUUUGGUAGCCUCACCAUCCACCAAUGGAUCCGCCUCGUUGUCAUCGCUGGCGCCUACAUGCUGCUGCGGCCCUAUAUCGUCAAGCUCGGCGGCCGUGUUCAGAUGAAGCAGCACGAGGCCGACGAGAAGGCGUCGCUGGCCGAGGCCGUCGCGAUCGCUAACGGAGAGAAGCCCGCCCUGUCGGCCAACGACCUACGCGGCGGGGCUCCCAAGAACUCCAAGGCUGCGGCUGCCAUCCUGGGCAGCGACGACGAAGACGACAGCGACACCGAGGGUGCCGUCACGGGUGCUGCGGCGUCUGGCACAGACUGGGGCAAGAACGCGCGCAAGCGGCAACGGCGGAUGCUUCGCAACAUGCUGGAGGCGCACGAGCAACAGCUGGCAGACGCGCAGGCCGACGAAGAGGAUAAGGACAUUGAAGAGUUCCUAGAGGACUAG